AUGGCUGGCGCCUCUCACGACUCCGGUUAUUACUUUGCACAACAGUACAACUUCCAAAAUGUCAAGGACGUAGGCUACUGUGGUAUCCAAAACCGGCCCAAUUCGGGAGGCAAUAGUGUCGUACACGCCGUUUUCUCGUCAUUUCAGGCCGGAACCACUACGACCGAUCCCAAUUGUCAUGACGGGGCUGACGGUGGCUCUGGUGUGAGCUGUGCCGUGGAGAUUAACGGCAACUACGAUGCCACCUACAAUUUGGUUAUUGAGAAUACUUCUGGUACCACUUGGACCGGAACAGUUGUCAACAAAGCUACUGGAGCCAGCACCCGCGUUGGAACAUAUACUUUGCCUUCUGGGGCCGGAGGUAUUCAGUCUAGCCAAGGCGGUUUCGUGGAAUACUACCCAUGGAACUCAGGCAGCCACCAAUGCUCGGAGCUGCCCAAAACUGAAGUCACCAUGUACAACCCGACAUCAAAGACGUCUGGUGCUGGAAGUGGUGUUAUCGGAAAGCCAUAUGAGUAUGGAGACUGUGUUGGAAAGGUCGCCUUUUCCACUGCCCAGAUUUCUGGUGGCUACAAAAUUGAUUGA